GGAUGGAAACGUCAAAUGUCAGUGAACAGAUAGCUAGCCGGACUGUCAUUUUUGUUUUACUUGAAAACACAAAAAUUUCAUUUGUAAAGUGUAAAAUAACUAAAAGAAAUGUUUAACAAAUCGAAGACGGGUUUAUUUGCUUUAAGCUUUUUCGUAUUUGCCUCUAUUUUCAUAGUAAUUGCUUUCGUAAGUCCGUACUGGUUAGUCACGGAUGGCAAACUAAAAAAUCCUAAGUUUAUAAAAAUAGGUUUAUGGGAGGUCUGUUUCAAUGGGUUCGAAGAAGUUCAUCACUGGUACGAUACUGUGUUCACUGGCUGUUGGUGGAUAUUUGAAGAAGAAUACUACAUCAUACAUGAUAUUUUACUGCCAGGAUUCUUUAUAGCUACUCAGUUUUUCUUCACCAUAACUAUGUGUUGUGUACUUGUUUCAAUGUUUUUGUCUUUUAUAUACAUGAAGAAAGAAAAGGAUGAUGAAAACUAUGUAACACUUCUAGUAACCCUGGGAACUAUUCUGGUCAUAGGAGGGUUUUCUGGAAUCAUAUCCGUGGUGACAUUUGGAGCAAGAGGGGAUGGCCGUGAUUGGAUGCCUAACUGGGAACACAAUGACCUUAGUUGGGCUUAUGCUCUUGGUGUAAUUGGUGUCAUUUUUCUCUUCCCAUCUGGCAUUUUGUUUUUAGUCGAAGCAAGAGUUCAGAAGUAUAAGAAAUUGCAUGAAAUGCAAAGUCGUGAACCAUCCUCUUAUACCAUGCAUGAGAGAAAAAUGGCAUAUUCAGGAGGACACACAGACAUCUGAUAACUUGACUGAGAAUUUAACUGUAUAUUUCUUUUAAGGUCUGAUAAACUACUUAAUGACUUCUGUAAUCUCAAUAAUUUCUAGCUGUUAAGAAAAUCUUUCCGUCCUUUUGUGAAAAGUAAAUAUAAUGUGCCUUAGUAUGUAGUAUUUAAGCAUAUUUUUUUAUUUUGUAGUUUUGUAAGUGAAGACUUACAAGUAUUCUUGGAGUAUUUUAUAUCCAAUGUAUUUUUAUGUUAAUUUUAAUAACGA